AAGUCUAGCAAUUACGCACCCAGUUGACAAAUGUAUAUAGGGGAAGGAGAAAGGCACAGAAACUGAUCCAACGCAACGAAGAAGGGGAAUCAGAUGUUAAAUUUGGCAGUGUUCUUGAGCAUAGUGUGGGCUCUGACUUUACUCUAUGGAGAGUGGUUCGCGUAUAUGGUGCCCUCCCUUUGGACCUGCUCAUGGCCGCAGCUUCCAUCGUCUUCCAUGGAUGGAGUUAAUAAUUCGAGCAACUAUGUGAAAAUCGCCGUCGUUGCAGACCCUCAGCUCAUGGAUAGAACUUCACAUUCUCUUGCUCCAAAAUCGUUUGCGCUGGAGAUUGCUCAGUUCUAUUCUGAUUUGUACAUGCGCAGGGCUUUUCUCACGUCGGUUUUAUCCUUCAAACCAGACGCCGUAUUGUUUCUUGGUGACUAUUUCGACGGGGGCUAUGUAUUGUCAGAUGAAGAAUGGCAGGAAUCAUUGGGCCGACUUAGGCACAUCUUCAACCUGAAUACGCUCGAGAAAACUUCAAACAUAAAGACAUACUUCCUGUCUGGAAACCAUGACAUCGGAUACUCAGCUUUCUACUUACAACACCCAGAGCGUGUGGAACGCCAUGAAGCUGUUUUUGGUGCGAGGAACUUUAAAGUCGCACUCGGAAAAGUAGACUUCAUUGCAGUUGAUGCACAAACUUUGGAUGGCGGUUCGCAAGGUGACCUAACGUCGGCUACAUGGGGAUUUGUCAAAAAUGUCUCUGAAGAAGAUAACAAAUCCAACCCGAGAGUUUUAUUGACUCACAUCCCUUUAUAUCGGCCUGAUUGGACUCCAUGUGGCCCUCAUCGUUCUUCAGAAAUCAUCAAUCAGCGAGUCAAUCGUGACAGCGACCAAGAAGUUCUUUAUCAGAACUACAUCACCGAACACUCAACAAAAGCUCUCCUCGACCAAAUCAAACCCGUGCUAAUCCUCUCCGGACACGAUCACGAUCAGUGCACCAUCCCCCACACAUCCAAGCACGGUCCCGUCGUCGAGCACACCGUAGGAACCGUAAGCUGGCAGCAAGGAAAUCUGUACCCAUCCUUUAUGCUACUCUCGGCGAGCAAUUCCGCGCCAUCAGAUCGAUCGAAUCCAUCCGAAGCUGUAUCCACUCACCUCUGCUUUCUUCCCACACAAUUAUUUAUGUACCUAUGGUAUUUAUCCCUCUUCGCAAUGACUCUAAUUAUCAUCCUCCUCUGGCCCGCAAACGAGGUUCUCAUCACUCGGAAGCUCAGCGACGCAGCUGGCAUGGUAAAAAAUCUUUACAGCAGCAUUCGUAGCACGAUAAAAGAGAAAAAUGACGACGAAGACUGCGAGUACGAAGAGAUUUGGGAUGCGGACGGGUCGAUGCACCUGAUCAAGAAAGCGAAGAACGUUUCAGCAGCGAUCCUGAACGAGGGCGCCGCAAUCGAGAGGGGAAAUGUUGUGAUGCGGCGAAAACAGGCGGAGACAGAGGCUUCGAUGGCUCCAGAUGUGAGUAUACAGAUGGGUUCGGUUCGGACGGGGCGGUCGAAGACGAAGAUGAUGAUCUGGAGAAUGUUGAAGGCCCUGAGAGCUCUGCUAACCAUAGCUGCCUUCAAUGUUCCUCUCUAUGUGUUGCUGGUGUUCAAAGAUUGGAUUGAUAAGUGAUUUUUUGUGCCUUUGUUAUGUUAUUUUGUGUGUUGCUUUUGUAUGGCUAUAUUGAAUCCAUGUUACUGUAAGAAGAGGUUUAAUUGUUGAGGAAUUUUGAGGAAUUUGCUUGAUAGGAGAGUAUUAAAAAUAA